AUGUGAAGAGAGAAGAAAACAGACACCCAGACUGUCAGUACAUAAGUCUAAUAGAUUUACAAAUGAAAUACAAAUUAACAAGAAUUUUAGUGAACUGUUAGAAAAACAGUGGGCAGAACUAACUGGUAGACGAUUGUCACAUUCCAAAACAAGAAAAAAACUAAAAAAAGUGAGUUCACUACACCUAAAGAGGACGACAGACAGAUUAAAGUCAGUGAAGAGAAAUGUGAAGAAAACAGAGUUUCUGAAGCAGGUGGUAAUAAACAGGAACAGAAUUUAGCAGCACCUCUGGAAAAGGAGUACGACAUUCGAUUAAGGUAUCAAUAUUCACCCCCUCACAAAACAACUAUGUACAGUUGCUUUGAAUGUGGUUUCUCAACAUCUCGUUUGUGUAAUCUUGUAUAUCACUAUAAGGCAUCGUGUCCAGCUUUCUUUCAGAAGGAUUUAUGGAAAGAGGCUGUUCAGGAAAAGCUACAAACCAGAUUUUCUACUGAGAGAGUGGUUCCAGAGAAAUGUCCAUCAAGACAUGUGAUUAUAGCUUCAACUGAAAAAACUUCCAGUAAAAACAAUACCAAGAGGAAGCUUUUUUCUCAGGAUAAAUCAGAAAGAAAGACAAAUGUAAACCUUGAAAAAUAUCAUCAAGAAUAUGAAAAACAACAAGAAGAGGAUAAGAUGAACAGUUACACUGAAGAUGACACUGAUGAUGAUGAUCUGCCUCCAGCAUUUGAUACCCCAAUUAAAAAUGCCUUUGGCUUUGACAAAGACGAUAUUGUAUGGGUUUAUUUUAAAAAACUCUAUUGGCCAGCAGUGGUUCGUCGGAUUUAUUUCAAAUUAAAGAAAGUUUCGGUACGUUUUAUUGGCCUGGCCCAAGUAAACUCUGGAAUCAGAGUUUCAAUAAAGAAGAUAAAUACCUUUGACAAUGCAGAAAGAAAUAAAAAAUACUUGAGCUUGCCUCAUAAGCCCGAGGAUGCUGUAGCUAUUGUAAAUGCUGUUCAACGAGCUGAGGAUUUUCUGAGGAAACGCUGCCUUGGGUAUAAAGUUGAUGCAUGGCAGUUCUUUGAAACACGAGACGAAGAUUUUCCAGAGUAUCUCUCAGGAGUGGGAAACACAAGUAGAGGAAUAGGAAGUGAAAGCAGGAUGGAAAGUAAGACUCCUGAACCAGUUUUAUCACCAGUACAAUGUCCAUCUUUUUCUACAACCUUGGAAAAAGAGUUUGGAUGUAGAGAAACAGAAGGAAGUCCUGAUAAUCAGACUAACCUUAGGACAAAAAGGAAAGAAAGCCUGAAACUAGUGAACUGUAUCAAAAGUGGCCAAGUUGAGACUCACCUGCUGGGAGUGUACAGUGGGACAAUACCUAGUGACAGACAUACAAAAUUUCAUUCGGUGGUGGCUUCUGUUAGAAACCAGAUAAAACAAGUGUCUUGGUUUGGUCCUAUUGAUGAGGAAGAACAGCAAGAAAAAGUGUGCGAGUACUGUAUUCAACUUUUUAAAACCAGCUGUGAACCUGGUACGUCACUGGACGUUGUGGCUUACGUCUUUGAAGUUUGGGUUCCCGAGGCAAUCAUUAAGGCACUGUCACAGGAACAAGGAGUUUCUUUGGAAGAAGCAGAGAAGAUAUUUAAUCAUUGUGCAUUUUAGACAGCAGAGAAGGUGCUUCUGAUGUUCAGUAAAUACCAAGUCUUUAGAGAGAAAGGAAAAGGCUAAUACUGAAACAAAUCACCAGACAAGCCAAAAAAGAUCCAGUCAUUGACAAACUUUGUUCAUUAGUGGUUGUAGAAUGCUGUGAGUCGGCAUCACAUAUUUAUCACUACGAAUGUCUUCGGUGUAAAGUUGUUAUACUCAUCACCUCGCAUCAGUCUUCAAAAAAUUCUACAUGUUAUUUACCAGAACUGUUGUUGUAAAGAUACCUUUCCAGUGAUGAUUAAUUUUUCACUUUUUACCAAAUUCUUUAUUUUCACAAAAGACAAAGCCUCCAGCUUGAGAAGCGUUCUGAAUUUUCUAUUUGGAAGAGUUACGUACUCCUCUCUCUCAACAAGAGAUGAUCAUGAUUACUGACGAGUUGAUUUAGUAUAAAAUCGUAAAAAGCUAAUUAGAUGUGAUCCUUCAUUAUUUGUAUUGUUUUCCUUACUUAAAGAUUGAAACUGUCUCCUGUUGAAUAAAUCAAAGUAACUUUUGAUGAUUGAAAUGAGAUUAUCAAGAGAACAGUAAAUAUUAGGUAAGAUAUGAGAAAUGAUUAAUGUGCACCUACUUAAAGAGUAGAAAAGGUACCAAAUUUUUCACCUUCAAUUAAAAGGUGUUUCCACUGUGCCUUAUUUUAGCUCCAAAGUUGGGAUCAAGUAUUAAAUACAGUUUGAGAGAAUGUUUACUAAAAUGUAAAAAGUUGUAUAGAAUGCAGAGUUAUUACAGAAAAUCACGUUUGAGUUCUAGUUAAACUUGUAACCCAAUUCUCAUUCCAGCAUCAAACAAGAAUAUAUGGUUUUCUAAGGUUUUGUAGUAUGAAAGUUUCCAGUAAAGUUUGAAACUUUUGAACUA